AUGGCUGUCAACUACGAUGACACACUCCACAAAGUGCCGCUGCGGACCACCGAGCAGUACCUGCAGACGGAUGCUACACCACCAAUGAACUAUCGCGAACCGUUCUGA